AUGCCCUUUCGUGUGUUAGUGAAUGCUACUUGCCGUUGCGUUGACGUUAUUACAGCGGCAUACUUUGAAAAUAACCCACAGACAGGCAUAGGGGAUGGAAUAUUCCGGGCUCUGAGGAAUAAAUAUGUCAACAAUUGGCUUUAUUUGCGUUGCAAUUUUAAUUAG